CCAGAUAUGGCCACCGCCCACCGGCUGAAUACCUCCACUGCUCCACACGUCCCUGUGCCGCCGUAUCUUGGUGCGCUCUUGCUCCUAGGUAACAUACAUCUCUGUCCCUCCCUAGGAGACCGAGACAGCACCGUAAUGGCGUCCCCCUGCGGCGAUGCUGCGGCGGCAGCCGAGCUCACCAGCCUGCGCAUCAGCGAAGGAGCUGGGAUCCCUCCGCUUCCCGGACGGCGAAGCGUCGGCGGCAAUGCAGCUGAGGGAGAAGAGGAGGGUGAUAAGAACAAGAAGGCGAGGAAGGGGAAGGCUGGUACGCAGCGGAUCGCCGGGUGGGGGCUCCGCGAGUUCAGCAAGAUAGUUUCUAAAAAGGUUGAGACCAAAGGACGGACUACUUACAGUGAGGUUGCAGAUGAAAUUUGUGGAGAGCUGAAGUUGACUCUUAUUGGUCAAGAGUUUGAUGAGAAGAAUAUCAGGAGGAGAGUGUAUGAUGCUUUUAAUGUGCUAAUUGCACUACGUGUUAUCACAAAAGAUGAAAAAGAGAUAAAAUGGAUGGGCUUGUCUAAUUUCCAAUAUGAAAAGAUAAAGUUGGAGGAAACUCGCAAAGAACUCAUGAUCAGGAUUAAGAACAAGAAAAAACUUCUCCAGGAAAUUGAAAGACAGUUUGAUGACCUCCAGAAUAUCAAGUUUCGCAACCAGUUUCUACAGAGGCCAGCAGAGAGUGUGAAUGGUAUCUGCCUUCCAUUCUUAUUGGUCAAGGCAUCCAGAAAAGCAAGGGUGGAGAUUGAGAUCUCAGAAAACUCAAAGUUUGCUGGUUUGGACUUCAACUGCGUACCAUUCACCUUGCACGACGAUGUAUCAAUCCUUGAAGCCAUCAGGUGUAAUAGCGUAAAAAAAAGCUAGCUACUUGGGCACGCUUCAUUAGAUGAUCGGGGAAGUGGUCGAUCUGUUGAAAGUGACGAAUGAUACGAUCAUUUCCCUUUGCACAGCCAUCAGCAUGUGUAGGUAUAUAACUAUAUAUAUAUAUAUAGUACGAAAACUUGACCUCGUCUUCAAGGCUGCCUUUCUGGCAUGGUGAAGCUUUAACCUGCAAAUUUUGCCCCUUUUUGCGCCUAGCGGGUUAUUAGGUCAGGUAGAUUAUUCUCAUAUAUAAUGCUAUGUAUUAACUACAUUGAUUAUAGCUCAGAUUCGGAAGCUUGUGCACGAGCUUUGCUGGUUGUUAUGAUGUUCGGGCGUUUUGCCCUUGGCAAACCAUGUGUUUCUCUA